AUGAUGGCUGAGCCGCAGCCGCUGCCCUGUGCAAUGCGGCUCCUUUCAGCUAUCGCUAUGGGGGUGCUGCUGGCAGGUCCCUCCUCAGCUGCAGCAGGGGAUGCCCCGCCUGGCAAAAUAGCCGUGGUGGGCGCCGGGAUAGGUGGCUCGGCAGUGGCCUACUUCCUGCAGCAGCAUUUUGGACCACAGGUGCAGCUGGACGUAUACGAGAAGGGCAGUGAGGGGGGCCGACUGGCCACCAUCAUCGUCAACAAGCAGCAGUACGAGUGCGGUGGCGCCUCUAUCCACUCGCUCAGCCUGCACAUGCAGGACUUCGUCAAGCUCCUGGGCCUGAAGCACCGACGAGAGGUGGCAGGGAAGAGCGCCAUCUUCAGUGGGGAGCAGUUUGUCCUGGAGGAGACGGACUGGUACCUGCUGAACCUGUUCCGGCUCUGGUGGCACUAUGGAAUCAGCUUCCUGCGCCUGCAGAUGUGGGUGGAGGAGGUGAUGGAGAAGUUCAUGAGGAUCUACAAGUACCAGGCACAUGGCUAUGCCUUCUCCAACCUGGAGGACCUCCUGCGCUCGCUGGGUGGCGAAACCUUCAUCAACAUGACGCAGCGCUCUGUGGCCGAGUCCCUGCUGGAGGUGGGCGUCACGCAGCGCUUCAUCGACGACGUCAUUGCAGCCGUCCUGCGCUCCAGCUACGGCCAGUCGGUGCUCGUGCCUGCCUUUGCAGGGGCCAUGUCGCUGGCAGGGGCUCAGGGCAAUACGUGGGCUGUGGAAGGCGGCAACAAGCUGGUAUGUUCGGGUUUGCUGAAGCUAACUAAAGCCAACGUGAUCCAGGCCAGGGUGACAGGUGUCUCUCUGCACAGCUCAGAUGGGAAAGCCCUGUACCAGGUGCGCUACGAGGAUGACGAAGGCCAAGGCUCGGCCUUUUAUGACAUGGUGGUUAUCGCCACGCCGCUGCAUUCCGGCAGGAGCAACAUCACCUUUGAGAACUUUGACCCCCCCAUCACUGACUUCCCAGGCUCCUUCCAUCCCACCAUCACCUCCGUCGUCCACGGCUACCUCAACUCCUCCUACUUCGGCUUCCCUGACCCCAAGCUUUUCCCCUUCGCUAGCGUCCUCACCACUGACUCCCCCGACCUCUUCUUCAACGCCAUGGACAACAUCUGCCCCGUCAACAUCUCAGGCGCCUUCCGGCGCAAGCAGCCCCAGGAGGCUGCCGUCUGGCGGGUCCUCUCCCAGCAGCCCCUGGACAAGCAACAGCUGAAGACCCUCUUCCGCUCCUACUAUUCAGUCCAGGUGACGGAAUGGCAGGCUUACCCCCACUAUGACUCCACCAAGAGUAUCCCGCCCAUCAUCCUCCACGACAACCUCUUCUACCUCAACAGUGUGGAAUGGGUGGCCAGCUCCAUGGAAAUGGCUGCCGUGGCAGCUAAGAACGUGGCGCUCCUGGCGUACAACCGGUGGUACCAGGACCUGGAGAAGAUUGACCAGAAGGACUUGAUGCACAAGGUGAAGACUGAACUGUGA